AUGGUGAAUGCUCAACACAUUGAGAAAGGCAAUAAUCUUGACAGCAGCGGUGUAUGUCAUGAAUUUCAACCUAGAUUAUUGGGUAUGUCUUUAUGGAUUCCCUUUAACAUAAUUAAAAAUGUGACUUACUAUUCAUCUAUAUAUUUUAUUGUUGACAAAUUUUCUCACUCGUGUAAAUUUGUCAGUGUAUUAGUACGAUAUUACAUAUGGUGUUUUUCACUGCCAUUCUCUUACUUUGAGCUCCUAUAUCAUCAAAUGACAGUUAAAAUUGAAUCUUUAGCACUAUCAGACCACGUACCUAGAUUUGUUUUAUUUUUGUCAUACUCGAAGGUGUUAUACGUCCUCAUUUUGCUAUUCGUUCCUUUAUUAAAAGCAGAUGUUUUUGCAUAG